AAGUGACUCGGAGGCGCCCGGACGCCGCGGUGGGAGCCAAUCAGAGGGCGUGACGUCAGUUUGGCGGGGAGUUUGGUGGCCGGGGCUUACAGUGGCGGGAGUUGGAGGCAAUAACUAGUCGUGUUCUGAGGGGCGCAAGAUACGAUUUCUGCUGAACCUGGGGGGCAUUUCCACGGCUUUUCUGUCAGUUGAACCUUUUCCUCUGGCCCAGAUGCUUUUCAAUUCGGUGCUUCGCCAGCCCCAGUUCGGCGUCCCGAGAAAUGGAUGGUCUUCCCAGUACCCUCUUCAGUCCCUUCUAAUUGGUUAUCAAUGCAACUGUAAUGAUGAGCACACUUCUUAUGGAGAAACAGGAGUCCCAGUUCCUCCUUUUGGAUGUACCUUCUCUUCUGCUCCCAAUAUGGAGCAUAUACUAGCAGUUGCCAAUGAAGAAGGCUUCGUUAGAUUGUAUAACACAGAAUCACAAGCCUAUAGAAAGAAGUGUGUCAAAGAAUGGAUGGCUCACUGGAAUGCUGUCUUUGACCUGGCCUGGGUUCCUGGUGAACUUAAACUUGUUACAGCAGCAGGUGACCAAACAGCCAAGUUUUGGGAUGUAAAAGCUGGUGAACUGAUUGGAACGUGCAAAGGUCAUCAGUGCAGCCUUAAGUCAGUUGCCUUUUCUAAGUUUGAGAAAGCUGUCUUCUGUACAGGUGGAAGAGAUGGAAACAUUAUGGUCUGGGACACCAGGUGCAACAAAAAAGAUGGAUUUUAUAGGCAGGUGAAUCAAAUCAGUGGAGCUCAUAAUACCUUAGAUAAGCAAACCCCUUCAAAACCUAAGAAGAAACAGAAUUCAAAAGGACUUGCUCCUUCUGUGGAUUUCCAGCAGAGUGUUACUGUGGUCCUCUUUCAAGAUGAGAAUACGUUAGUCUCAGCGGGAGCCGUAGAUGGGGUAAUCAAAAUAUGGGAUUUACGUAAGAAUUAUACUGCUUAUCGACAGGAACCCAUAGCAUCCAAGUCUUUCCUGUACCCAGGUAGCAGCACUCGAAAACUAGGAUACUCAAGUCUGAUUUUGGAUUCCACGGGCUCUACUUUAUUUGCUAACUGCACAGAUGACAAUAUCUACAUGUUCAAUAUGACCGGAUUAAAGACUUCUCCAGUGGCUAUCUUCAGUGGACAUCAAAACUCUACCUUUUAUGUUAAAUCAAGUCUUAGUCCAGAUGACCAGUUUUUAGUUAGUGGCUCAAGUGAUGAAGCUGCCUACAUCUGGAAGGUCUCCACACCCUGGCAUCCUCCUACUGUGCUCCAGGGUCACUCUCAAGAAGUCACAUCUGUGUGCUGGUGUCCAUCAGACUUCACAAAGAUUGCUACCUGCUCUGAUGACAAUACACUGAAAAUCUGGCGCUUGAAUAGAGGCUUAGAGGAGAAAUCAGGAGGAGAUAAACUCUCCAUAGUGGGUUGGGCUUCUCAGAAGAAAAAAGAAGCGAGAGCUGACCUAGUGACAGUGACAAGUAGCCAGAGUACUCCUGCCAAAGCACCCAGAGUAAAGAGCAGUCCAUCCAUUUCCUCCCCAUCAUCAGCAGCUUGUGCUCCAAGCUGUGCAGGAGACCUCCCUCUUCCUUCAAAUACUCCCACAUUCUCUAUUAAAACCCCUCCUGCCAAAGCCCGGUCUCCCAUCAGCAGAAGAGGCUCUGUCUCCUCUGGCUCUCCCAAGCCACCCUCAUCUUUCAAGAUGUCCAUUAGAAACUGGAUGACCCGAACACCAUCCUCGUCACCACCUAUCACUCCACCUGCUUCUGAGACCAAGAUCACAUCUCCAAGAAAAGCCCUCAUUCCUGUGAGUCUGAAAUCAUCCCAAGCAGUGGCUUGCUCAGAGUCUAGAAACCGAGUAAAGAGGAGGCUAGACUCAAGUUGUCUGGAGAGUGUGAAACAGAAGUGUGUGAAGAGUUGCAACUGUGUGACUGAGCUUGAUGACCCAGUUGAAAAGCUUCAUUUGGAUCUGUGCUGCCUUGCUGGUAACCAGGAAGACCUUGGUAAGGACUCUCUAGGUCCUACCAAACCAAGCAAGAUUGAAGGAGCUAGUAUGAGUAUCUCAGAGCCUCCUUCUCCUGCCAGUCCUUAUGCUUCAGAAAGCUGUGGAACACUACCUCUUCCUUUGGGAUCUUGUGGAGAAGGGUCUGAGGUGGUAGGCAAAGAGAAUAGCUCCCCAGAGAAUAAAAACUGGUUAUUGGCCAUGGCAGCCAAACGGAAGGCUGAGAAUUCAUCUCCGCGAAGUCCAUCCUCCCAGACCCCCAGUUCCAGGAGACAGAGCGGAAAGACUUCUCCAGGCCCGGUUACUAUUACUCCCAGCUCCAUGAGGAAAAUCUGUACAUACUUCCAUAGAAAAUCCCAAGACGACUACUGCAGUCCUGAACAAUCAACAGAAUUGUAGAUUCUAAUCUGAGUGAGUUAACUGAACUUUGGCCCAUUAAAACAAGACAAAAAAUACAACAGAGUGAUUCUAUAACUCUAAUCUUUAAGAAAGCUACCAUUUUUUUCAUUUUCAGAGAAAAUCCUUUCAACUCUGGUUCUACCAUAGCUUAUAUGCAGCUUCCUUGGGAUGAAUGCUGUGUUUAAUUCCAUAAAGUAAGUUUAUCACUCUGUAACUUUUUGAAUGAGUAGUCUUCACUUUUUAAAUUAUGCCUCUUCUCUACAAUAAUGACAUCCCAGCUCAUAGAGGCAAAAAGCAAGACUUGUCUCUUAUUAGUCUGAGACUGUGGGUGCACAGUGGAAAAUAUCUGCUGGUCACAGCAGGAGGCCUGUCUGUGAAGGCUGGUUGCUGAAGAAGUCUUCUGCUGGAGACCUCUGGAUCUGUGCUGCCUCAAACAAAUAUAAUUUCAUUUAAAAUUUAUAUAAUCUUUUCACUACACUUUUGGGAGCUUUUUUUGUUUUUUUAGUAUAUGUAAAAAUGUGAUGUUCAGAUAAGUGCAUUUAUCUUGAUUCAGUGUUCAGUGUUAAAAUACAGUCUCUUAAGUUAAAAUCAUCUUUUUUUUAAGAGCAGUGAUAAAUGUCAGCUCUUUGGAGAAACUAGGAGAACAACACUAGAAACCUUUACUUAUCUUUUUUCCCCCAAAUAUGUCUCCCAUAUGAGACUUAAGGUCCUUCUAUUUUUAUUAAGCAAUUUACUAUGGUACCAAUCCAACAUCGUGUUCUAUAAGAGGUUACAAUUUUUGCCAUUUACUAGACAAAGAUAUUUAUAAAAUCAAUAGUCAUACAUUAAAGUUGGGGUUUGAAUUCAACUUGAAUUCAGUUCUCUAGGGGCUGCAACUUUUUAAAAAUAUGUCAUCAAUUUAAGAAAAAGUAAUGAUUUCUUACUGGUACUUUUAUUAAAAGAACAUAGCUCUGAACUGAAAAUCCAGAACCUAAAAAACAAUUUUUGGCUUUAACUGGAAUUUUUGGAUUCUCUUCAUAUACAUAAAAAACAGUAACCCUCUAGUAUAGCCCUGAGCUGAAAAGUCAUGGAAAUUUCUCUAAAUAAUAUAGAAGGUGUUUAGAUUGAUUCUAAGUUAAUAAUGUGCAAAAUAUUUUGAACAUCUUCCCUUUAAUCAGCAAUCACAUAUCAAUCAUCUUGAACUGUUGUUUUCUGUUUUUCCCCUUUAUAACCUCAGAGACACAAGCUCCAUGUACCUUCUAUGUACUGUGUCCUUGGAAGGGGAUCCCCUAACAAUCAUGACACUUGAUUCAUUUUAUCCAUAUCCCUAACAAAUAUGUAGAUUUUAUUCAUAUUUUUGUCAAAAUUUAAAAAUCUGUUCUUAAUGACAAAUUUUAAUUCCUUUGAUUCCUGUAAGUUAAGCUUGUACCAACAAGAACUACAUAUGUGAAUUAAACAUGGAUUCUCCGUGGUUUUAUGCAAGGAGAAAAAUAAAGAGAAGCCUCAGAAUUGCUGUUUUUGAAACAAAGCACUCCAUAGCAUUAACUGAAUAUUUAGAAACUCUACUUAUAAUUAGUGUUUGAUUUUUUAAUGUUAGGUUAUGGAAAGGUGUUAUUUAUGACCAUAUCUGCUAAUAAUGCUACCUAUCUCUUGCUUUGAAAGCCAGUGGGGGUGGGGGGUAGGAUAACUAAAGUAGAUGAUUAUAUUCUUUGUAUCCUUGAACAUCUCCUAACAGCUCUACCGAGUAAAAUUGGGGUAAAUGUGGCUGACAGAAACUGUGCUGAGAGUCUCCUGGCUGUAACACAUCCCACUUGGAAAACUAGUACUUCAAAUGGGUACCAAAGGUCAAAUGUAAUGAGAUAAUAAUUAUUCCUGCCUCUGUCAGUGUCAGACUUUGAGCUGAUCCUGAAUAAUAAAGCCUUUUACCUUAUCUGA